AUGUGUGAUAAAAGAGUUUCAGAAGUGUUGAAACUUGUAACAAAAGAUGAAAAUUUUAUCGAUUACAAAAUACAGGUUCACGGGAAAACAGAACGAGGUGAUGGGUACCUCGGCAAAGUUACUUUUGCUUCUGUUACUGGCAAAACUAAAAACGAAGACACAAAGGAAUUAAAUUUAGUCGUAAAAACGUCUGCGGAAAAUGAACUUCUUCGAAAUGAACUACCCAUUAAAAGAUUUUUUGAGUUAGAAAUUUAUAUCUACGAGAAGGUCAUACCAACUUUUACCAACUUCCAACAGGAAAUGGGAUUCGAAAGCGAUAUUUUGAAGUCACUACCAACUUGUUACCUCACUCGCAAUUUUGAAAAUAAUGAAGCUCUGAUUUUGGAAAACUUAAAAGCGCGAGGAUUUGAAAUGGCUAACCGAAAAAUUCCACUAACUUUUCUACAAGUCAGACUGGUUUUAGAAGGUUACGGAAAGUGGCAUGCUUUUUCACUAGCUUUGCGUUACAAACAACCUGAAACUUUUAAACGACUGGUGAAAAACUAUGGCAAUAUGUGGUCUACAUAUAUUUCGCAAGUGAAAAUGGCACAUAUAUUUUUUCAAUACUACGAAGAAGUGAGAAAGUUUUGGGAAGAUGAUAAGAAUGUAGCAUCGAUUACAUUUUCAGAAAGUGAGGUGACAUCUAUUUUAAUGUCUUUAGUUUUUGAAGAUUUGGAUCAUGCUGUAAUACUUCAUGGAGACUCGUGGACUAAUAAUUUUAUGUUUAAAGAGCAGUCGGGAAAACCCGUAGAUAUGUCUUUAAUCGACUGGCAGUUAUCUGGUUUCUCUUCACCUAUUUUGGAUUUAUCAUUUUUCAUUUACCCAUGUGUUGAUACAGAAAAAUAUAAGAAUGUGGGACAGUUGCUGAAAAUUUACUACGACGCUGUCUGCGGAUAUUUACAUCAACUGAAUUACCACAGUAAAAUUGCCCAGGUGGAGUUGGAGCACGAGCGGAGUUUGGGGAUCCUGGUUGUGGCUGUUCUACCACCAUGA